UAUGGUCGGGUUAACGUUGUUGACAUUCUCUCUUAUUCAGUCUUGUUCCUCCUGGGCAGCCAUAUUGUUCAUUUAUAAACAAACUAGCAGAAAUAUAGAAUUUAUAUAUCCAGUUAUUUUAUUAAGAAUGAUUUGGAUAUUGUUAUUCUUCACUGGAAUCACUUAUGGGGAUGCAGGAUAUUGUUCCAUGGCAAUGGCAUGUUAUCCUAGCACCCAACAAAUUAAAACAUUUGACGAUACAAUAGAUGGCAGUGUUUAUAAGGAUGAUGACCAAGCAUACUUAGACAUUGUUGUGAUGAAAAAUACUCGUGUUACGAAAAAACCAGACCUGAUCGUAUUUGUCCAGAACAGCGCUGACGUACAAAAAGCAAUACUUUUUGCCAGAGAGUAUAAUCUUAAAGUAGUGGUACAGUCAUCUGGACAUGACUUUCAAGGUCGUUCAACAGCUGACGACAGUUUUAUGAUAUAUUUAGGAAAUAUGACGAACAUUGAAGUAAACACAUCUAAAACUGACCGAUCCGAUGCGGGGGAAGUAGUUCUAGAAUCUGGAAAACAGUGGGUAGACGUCUAUAUAGAAGUAGACAAACAUUCGAGGGUUGUGGUUGGAGGAAGUGCUCACACAGUUGCAAUCGGUGGAUGGGCCCUUGGUGGAGGCCACAGUCCUAUAUCGGGUGUUGCUGGAUUAGGAGUUGAUAACUUGUUAGAAGUAGAAAUGGUAACAGCAGACGGUAAAAUUGUCGUAGCAGACAACACCUCGACAUUCAUAACAUACCCUAAUGGCACGACACAUACGUCUUCAAAUUCAGAUAUUUUCUGGGCGCUUAGCGGAGGUGGAGGUGGAACUUUUGGUAUUGCUACAAAAUUCACGUUUAAAAUGCAUUUCCCGCCAUCAGGAAUGGUAACAUUUAAUUGCGAUUAUCCGAUUAUUCAUCAAAACGGUAGCAAUGUAGGAAAGACAAUUCUUAGAAAAUAUUCUGAUCUUGUUCCAAACAUGCCACCUGCAUGGGGAGGAUUUCUUAUAGUAUCAUCAUCAUCUAAAAUUAUCUCAAAAUUAAUAUAUAGAGAUGAUUCAGUUGGAAGCAUUAGUAUUUACAUGAACCAUUUUGGAGACUUCAACUCACAAUCAAGAUCAUACAUGGAACCUUUGAUGAAUAUCGAUGGUUUGGCAAGGUUCUGUUAUUACGAAAACCUUUCCACAUUUUGGGAGUAUGAAAAGAACAUUACUGAUGCAAUUUAUAUACGCAGUGCCAUCAUAGGCACUUUGAUGCAAGCUGAUAGUUUUAGUGAUUCCUGGAUAGAAUUCCUAGUUGAUUACAUACUCAGAGCCUACAGAGAGAAUUUGCAGGUCAUCAUGAGUAUGACAGGGAUACUUUUAGGUGGUAAGGUAAAUGAAGCGAGUACAGUGGCCACAUCUGUACAUCCCGGAUGGAGAUCUGCAGUGAUGUCUACAACUGUCGGCGUCGGCUGGGGGAAUGAUGACGGUGAUAAGAAUGACACGGCCUUUUUGAAUUUGAUUAAUUCAUAUCAGAAUAAAUUGUAUACAUUCGGUGAUGGUAUGUAUCCAAAUGAAGCAGGGAGUAAUGUUCCGUCAUUUUCUACACAUUUCUGGGGCUCUAACUAUGGGAGGUUAUUGAAGAUUAAACAAGAAUGGGACCCAGACAAUACAUUUACUUGUUUACAAUGCGUCGGAUACACCGCUUCAACUUCAAGUUCGGAUUACUCUUCCCGUGGAUCAAAAUAUCUCGUCACAUUUCUUAUUUUGUCAAAGUACUUGUUUUACCGUAACUGAUUUGUACCUGGAAUUAUAUUAGUCAUGGACGAUAGAACAGUGCACGGGCGAACAGAUGUUAAAUUAGGUUAUCAUUAUAUAUAUUAUUAGCAUUCAAAUAUAAGUUUUUAUCUCACAUUUUUUUUUUAAUUUAUAGACAGUUUUUAAAUCUUAAUAUCUGAUUAUCAUAAUAUAUGUGUACGCCAGGGGUACAGUAAUUCAUCAUAACCUAAUAAUAUAUGGGCAU